CUUCAUGACUUAACGUUUCAGGUUUGGAUGUAAUUAUAAUGAGCGAGAUUUGAAUGAUAUAUUGAAUAUGGACAUCGAGAAAGGGCUGAAAUCUGGUCUGAGUAAUCAGGCAGGGAGGACUUCCAUAUUGGGGAAGAGAAGUGCUGCAGCUGCCACCCCAUACAGUAUAUCGCCGUAUCUAAACAUCGACCCAUCCAUCCUCGCACAACAGGAGCCCGAAUUCAUUAUUCCAGAAGGCCAAAGUGCGAGACGCAACAGACACGAACAGGCACUGCCCAUAAUAGGCAGUUUUAUCGUAAGUGGGGCGGGAGCAGGCAGUGCAUAUGGCUUGUACAAAGGAUUCACUGACUCAAAUGUGAAACAGCUCGAGGGCAGGUACCUCAAUGCACCCUGGAGAACACAAUUCAUCAACGUCGUCACCAGGCACGCCAGCACUGUGGCCAGGAAAGGUGGCACCAUUGGAAUGAUUUAUUGCGGCACGGGAUCAAUCCUCAACGCGUUCACAGAGCAGGAACAGAUUGUCAUAUCUGGACUAUCUGGAGCAACAACCGGUGCAUUAUACAAGGCAUUUUCUGGCGUGAAACAGGCGGCAAUAGGGUCAAUAGCCGGAGCGACAAUUGCUCUGGGAGUCUACUUUCUAACGAACACUAAACCUGUGAAAAAAGCUGUGUACCAAAGCAGAAGCUACUUUUAAUCCGUUUUCUUUACCCAGACUUGAUGCGUAUUGCGGAUUAUACAGAAAACUAUACAAAUGCCGUCAACUUCUCUUGAUUUGUUCGAAACAAUUUUUGAAGGCCAUUGAGAGAAAUUUUGAAUUUAAUAAUUGUCCCCACCUUUUUGCAUAGUCUGGGGCAAUGAUAUUGGUAAAGUUUCAAGUUUCAUUGGAGUGAACAAAGCAGAUUUUUU